AUGGACGACAAAUCCAAAGAGCUCUGCCCUCGUCUAAUCGAUUUCCUGGUGAUAGUGGGCCGAAAGCCCGACUCCAAGCUCCAGAAAGCGCCGCCGAUCGGCGCUCAUGUCCAUCCCAGCGACGUGCCGCCGCUGCGGCGGCGGACCGGCUUCGUCGGAGUGGCGAAUCCGGAAAUUUUGAGGCGAUAUCCGACGGACAAUCAUAAAGAUUUCACUCUCCCGACAGAUGUGACUUAUUUUUGUCAGCCUGAAGGCUGCAUUACUGUUGGUGAGCAAAAUUUUUUGUGAAAUUUUGAGGUUAUUUAGACCUUUAAAAAUAAUGGGUUGUUUGAUUUUAGCUGACAAUUACAAGCACAGUCGGAAAGGCCAUGAAACCACCUCAUUUAUCUACAUGUUGACGGAAAAGGACACCUCCAAGAUUCGCUACGGGAUUACUCUCAACUUUUUUGUCCAUUUUGAUGCAAAACCAACUCACACAACAACCUCGGGUAACCCUACUAAGAGGUGAGCUCAUUUUGAAAAUCUUUCAAAAUCAUAAUUUUUGAUUAAUUUUUUUUUUGAUUUUUUAAAUUUUGAAAAAAAAAUCAUUUUCAAUUUAUAACAUUAAAAUUAAUUUUCAAAAAUUUGAUUAUUCAAAUUUUUGAAAAUUAUGCAAAUUUCCUUAAUUUUGACGGUUUGCAGGAAGCCAACAGCCUCGCUAACAUCCCUCUGUCUCAUUAGUCAUCAUCCAUUUUUGUCAACGUUUGCCGAGAUCCUCCGGCUUCUAGCUCAACUCAUAGAUGCGUGUAACAUGCGAUGUAACUUCGACGACUCCUUGCCAAGGUAAUUUUCAUCAAACAGCCUCAGGGCUCUUGAUUUUUUCACAAUAUCUUAUGCUUUCCAGAGAUUCCCUAUGGAUGGUUCUGACAGGCCAUUGGACCGGCCCCAUACCUCAAAAUGUGAUGCAGGAGGUGAAGCAGAUCGAGACGUGGAUCCUCCUUCUCCUCAGCUCACCUGUGCCGGUGCCUGGAAAAACCAAACUGGUCCUAGAAGUAGGCGUCCAAAUUUUUAUUUCUCAGUUUCAAACUUUAGAUCCUCCCCGAGGAAGUGAUGAAAAUGCAAGAGUUCGCACUGCCCGACCACACUCGCUUCAGCAUGAUGGACUUUCCGUUGCAUUUGCCGCUGGAACUACUUAAUGUAGACACGGUCAUAACGCUGCUAACAGCCGUAAUGCUGGAGCAUAAGGUAUCUAAAUUAAUGUCCAAUCUUGAACGAAAAAAUUGAUCUUAGGUGAUCCUCCAAUCCCGAAAUUACAACGCAGUCAGUAUGUGUGUAAUGUCGCUGGUGGCGCUGCUCUAUCCUUUAGAGUACAUGUUCCCUGUUAUUCCGCUGCUGCCGACGUUUUUGCAAAAUGCUGAACAGGUAUGUAUUGUACAUAAAGAUUUAGAUGUUUUUUCAAUAAUUUUUUUGCAGUUUUGCACCUUACACCUUGCACUUUCAGCUUCUUCUUGCUCCAACCCCAUUUAUCAUCGGACUUCCGGCCUCGUUCUUCCUCUGCAAGGGCAUUAAACUUCCGGAUGACGUCAUGCUUGUCGACCUUGAUACGAACGAAGUUACGAUCCCUCCAGGGCUUGAAAUCUCCGAACUUCCCGAGCCAGAGCGGUCCAAUCUAAAACAGGAUUUCCUCGCUGCCUUGGGCAAAACCGUCUCAACUGCAGAGCUGAAUGAGUCGCACACCAACGGCAGUUUCGAAGCGUCUUAUCAAAUGGACCCGGAUGAGAUCGAUGUGGCCUGUCGAAUCGCCAUGAUCAACUUCUUCGACAGCCCCAAUGUCUUUGCCAAUUUUAGCGAGCACACUCGAACCCUAAGGCUAUAUCCUCGACCAGUUGUGGCGCUGCAAACGGAGUCCUUCCUGCGAAGUCGCCCGUAUUUGUCGCAGUUUAUCCAAGACCUCUGCCGAACGCAGAGUGUCGAGUAUUUCGCGGAGGAGUGUUUGUGCCCGCGGAAUGAGGUGUUUGUGCGGGUGCAGAAUGGAAAUACAAGUGCGAAGCAGAUCGGUGACAAAUUGAAAUGGUUCAGCGAGCAGCUGAUGCCCGUGCAUUUUAAUGUGAGCGUUUUAUUUUGUUUUUGGCGUAAGAAUUUGCAAUUGUAUUGAUUUGGAUUUUGUGAGACAACGGGUUAAUUUUUCAGGCCUAUCCCAACAACUGCACUCUUGUCGAAGCUCUGAAUGCUUGGCAUUUGGCCCGCAAUGCUCAUGGCUCCGACGAAGAGGAUGAUGUCAGCGAUCUAGAGAGCUGCGGAAUGGACGAAUCAAUGUUGACAAUGUCGCCCUUUUCCGAGCAUGCCCCCGAUUUCGGUAAAUAUGCUCAUAAUCCUGUUGUUAUUCAGUUAUGCCCUUAGAAAACUCCGAUUUCUGACUCUAUAACAGUAAAAUAAUUUCUGACUUUGUCAAUUUUCAGAAGCGACAAAGCCCGUCAGCGAGGUCAACGACGUCUAUCAAGCCCCGAACAAACUGCAGUUACCUACGAGUAUGAGUAGAUUAUCGAUGGAUUCCUCGAUUAGCAGUGGCAGAUCGAGUCCGGCUUCAACGAAUUCGGAGGCAGGGAACGAUAGUGAAGCUGAUUUUGCGAGAUUAGCGGAGAAUUUGGCGAUCAAGUCGAAUGAAAAAGUGAGAAUUUUGAGAAUAAAAUUAUGCACCGAAUUUCUAACAGUCCCUCAAAUUUGUGGUCCAAAAAUUUUAGAUUUGGCAAAUUGAAAUCAGAUUUGGUAAGACAUUCUGAGACAGUCUUGUCAUGAAUCUUUUAUAAGACAUUGUUUGCUAUAACCUUCUAUUGAGAAGGGUUUAUGGCCAAAAAUUGUAGCUUAGAAGCCCUGUAUUAAUCGGUGUUUAAGCGUUCGUUUAUUUGACAACUUUCAGGGUGAUUUUGACUUUGAUCACGUGAUGGACAGCAAAGAAAGCACUCCGGUUCAGAACCGAAAAGUCCCCUUAGGCCCAUCCGUCCUUUCCAGCACUUCUAGCACUCCAACAACGAAAACCCCACAGUUCAAAAUGAAGGUAGGCACAUCUCUCACCACCUAAUGCACAAAUUUCAUAAUUUCCAGCAAGCUUUCACCGAUUCCGGCGAAAAAAUGUUCGGGCCCAAUCUCAUGAACACGUUGAAUGGAUACGCCGAGAAGAGUCACGGAAUGCUGGGAUCGUUUUUCUCGAAAACAGCGCCGAAAGCUCAGGCCUUGAGAGAGAAAACAAUGCGACCGUUGGCCGAAGCGGCAGCCAAUAGAAUCGAGCAUGGACAACAUUUGAUUCAGAACAAAAGACAACAUGUUCAGCAGGAGAACAAGGAUAAGGAUCCGACUCAAGCAGCGCAAUUGCAAAUGUAAGCAAUUUUAAGGGCUUCUGAAUGUUAUAAAUUUUAAUAAUUUUUGAGUCAUCGUCAUAGUUUUCACUCAAAAAUUUCGUUUCAGGAAGAACCAACAAACCGUCCGAGACAUUUGUGAUCAAGUCCUCAACGGUCAAGGAGUUGGAGUCUUUCAAGGCGCCAAACUCAAACGCCUUUUGGAAGACGAAUCUCUUCGAGAAUUGGUCUGUCAAAAACUCAACUUGGGAGUGUCGCAGCGUUACACUGAAGACGACUUUCUUCAACGGGUACAGCUGACGCGGGCACAAUACAAGGGAUAUUUGAAAAUCCUGCAAGCUUGUCUUCAUGGGCUCGACCAUUCGUAUAAUAGCCCUCAUUCCGAUGGAUUGGCGUCGCUUUUUCAUGUGCUGGAGAUUGCGCAUACGCAUUUUUGGGCCGAAAAUGAAACACAUACACCGGGAAGCGGGAUUUCUAGCUUGGUAUGUCAAAAUUAGCCGUUUCAAGCAGGAUCAUUGCUUUUUUUGACAUCAUUGUGUAUACCAAUAUCCUUUUCAGAUGGGAACCCCAACUUCAUCGAUACACACGGUCUUCUCUCCAGCAGGACCAAGCCAUAAAUCUUCUUUGACAAGUUUUCUCUCAAGAAAUACUGAUCCAGUUCCAGUUACAACAACUGGCCCAGUACCACUUCAACCUGGCGUUUCUGCUCCAUCAAACAAGCCCGUUCAGCCGGAAAAAGAUCUGUUUGAUUUCAACGAAACCGCUCCGAGAUACGACAAUCUUAUCGACUUGGAUAAUGGAGUUCAAACUAAUGGCUCAAACGAAAAUUCAUCAGUGAUGACUCAGUCAACUUCCGCUGUGUCUGACUCGGCGAGAAGCGAGACUUCGGAGCCUCCGAAGUCUCCAAGAAGGCCAUCCGAACCUCCAUCGAUCCCUCCUCGCAGACCUUCAGAUGCGGCGCCAAGUUCGCCGCGACCUCCUCCGCCGAUUCCUCAACGACCACCGAGUGGAGCUCCUCCACCUUUGCCUAGAAGGCCUCCGCCGCUACCAGAAAGACCGGAUUCGGCGAGAACAGCGUCGGCAAGUCCGAGAAGGUCGACUUCAACCGAACCUCCGCCAGUUCCACCGCCGGCUCUGCCGACAUUACCAGAGAAGAAAAGUGAGGUCUCGGAAGAAAAGAAGACAGAGGUCGUUCCGAAUGGCCAUGUGGGCGGACAAGUUCCUGUGGCUUCGGAGACUCCAACUAUUACUCAGGAGAGUCCGGUAGUGGCUCCGUCAGCAAAUGGGGACAUUCCUAAGGUAGGGAGACUAAAUUUCUAUAGGAUACUGAUGCGCCUUGCAACCUUCGAGCAGAUUUUUUUAAUUGUAAAAUACGCCGUGGAUUACAAAAAGCUGUAUACAUUGUUUUAAAAAAAAGUUAACUACUUAAUUUACUAUCAACAAUUAAUUUUCAGCCGGCAUCGCAGAAGCCUCAAGCCAAUGGCCACGUCAAGACCGAAAUUGAAAAGCCAAAAUCGCUCUUUGUCGCUAAACCAUCUUCACCAUCAAGUUCAAGCAGUUCAACUCUCGAGCCAACCCGCCACUUCUUGUAUCAAGACCUCAUUUGUAAGUCAUCGCAAUUAUAGUGAACCGUAUAUUUGUCGUAUCUACACAAAUUCCAUAGUUAUUCUUUUAACGCCAUUUUCCUUUUUAGCGGCUUCAAAUCCCCUCUGGGCGAACAUGGUGUUCUGGGAGAACGCCUUCUUUGACAUGGUCGCGAAAGAACGCGAUAUCAUCGGAAUGGAUCAAGAGCCCAGCGAAAUGAUCGACCGGUACUCCUCUCUCAACGAGUCCGAAAGAAAGCGACUAGAACUGGACGAAGACCGAAUUAUUGCAGUCCUAUUGCACAACAUGACGGCUUACAUGGUCAUGUGUGGCAGUCCAUCGAGGGUUCUGCAGCAAAAAGUGAGAAGAAUGCUGGGGAAGGCGCACAUUGGACUGAUUUAUUCGAAAAAGAUCAAUCAACUGUUGGAUGAGCUGCCGCCACAGCCUUGCAAUUUGAUUCAACUCAAGCCAUUAGGAUCUAGAUUGGUUCAGAAGCAAAGUUUCGCGGUGCAUCUGGGCGAUACGGCCGAAGCGCCGGUCUCUUUCAUGGAGGUCUGCGAAGACGCGGUGAUAAUCCGCGCCUGCACCGGCCAAAUCUCCGAGCGAUGGUGGUAUGAACGGCUUGUUAAUAUGACAUAUUCCCCUCGAACGAAAGUAUUGUGCAUAUGGCGGCGACAAGACGAUCAAGUGCAUAUGCAUAAAUUCCACACAAAAAAAUGUCGGCAACUUUAUACUUGUAUGAAGACUGCGAUGGAAAGAGCGGCACAGCGAGGAAAGGUGGGUAGAGAUGCGAGAGUUACGAUAGUCAUCAUAAGAAAGCAAACAUAUGGAGAACGUAUUUUAAAAUUUUAGGUGACUAUUGCCGGCAGAGAUUUGGGCGGCGAAUUCCCAGUUCAUGACAUCGAAACAAGCGAAGGAGGACUGCUUCAAGUCAGGAUAGAUGGUGUAAGACUUCUUUUUGCAGAUAGACAAGUAAGUCGGAUUCAAUAUCCUUCGAUAUAUGGCAUUCUAUAAGGCUUUACCAAUAAUAUUUCUCCUUUCAGGACUUUAUAAGUCUGGCCAACAUCAAGAAAUGCAACACUUUCGGUGGGAACAUGUUUGUUCUUGAGGAAUUCAGUAAGUUUCAUCUCCAUAAUCAAAUAAAAAACCGUUCAGACAAGCAAAAGAACGAGCUGAUCCAACGCCGCUAUAUCUCCACUAUGGUAGGUCUAAGUUUUUCGAUGCGUUGCAAAAACUAUCACAGCUUUUAUCCGUUGUAAUCAUGUCGUGUUGUCCCGUAAGACUUUGUAAUUCUGUUGUAACUCCGUUCCACGCUGGUCAAAUUUGAGGCCAAAAACGCGAAAUUUGUGUCUUAUAUCAGACGUACGUAAAGCCCAUUUUACGGCAAGAAUUUACUGAUUCUAAUCUAGGGUCUCCCUCACAAACAUUGCUUGUAGUGUUUCCCAGCUCCCUUUCCGACCCUCGGCUCACUUUCUUUUUGAUCAUUCUAUCCAUUUCUGUUACUCUUUCCGCCACUAUCUUACUGGCUAUACGACUAUUUUACCUCCGUUUGUAUUUUCGGUUUAUAUUGAUCUGUUCACUAUGUUUUUGGGGGUGAAUUUUUUACCAUCUUCCAGUCCUUCUUUUUACUUUUUUGCCCUUCCUACCAAUCCUGAGCUCGUCGAUAGGAAAAACGUGGUAUUCGAGUUUUCCAGAUAUUACACUAGUAUUUAAAAGAAAGCUUCUAAAAGGCUCCUUGCACCGUCUAAAACAGUACUUGCUUCCCAAAAACGCCCCACUGUGAACAGGUUGAUCUCAUAAAAAAGACGACAUGAUUACGAUUAGUUCUGGCCCUUUUUUAGGCCCGUCAUGUCGCCUGGGCCUUGCACCGCAUGUUCAGUGUUCGCCUCACGUUGAAUGAGACGCUGGCCAAGGCGUUGGCGGACGAAGAAGCCAUCGACGAGCUGAGCGGUCGCGCCAGUCCCAUGGACCGCAUAGACGCGCAUAGUGAUAGAGGCUAUGAUGGAGAUAAGAGUGUGGACAACAGCCCAAUGAUAUCGCCAAAGAGAGCGAAAGCGUCGGGAGAGGUUUUGAGAGAAAGAUUGAAUAUGGAGAGGCCAACGAUUUGCAUUCAAAGUUCGAUUGAGUCGAAUGAGGGAUCAGCAACACCAACAGCAUCUCCUUCAUUUGCCGCGAAGAAGCGAAAACGUCAUCGAAAACUGUCUCAAAUUUCAUUCGAACACACCAACUAUCCCCACGAACUGCGGUUUGUCACCAGACUGACUUCCGAGUCUGAUAGUGAAGAAAACGCUGCAGAUUUUCCGUUCUUUUCUCGACCAAGAGCGCCAAGUCAGCCAGUUCAAACGGACACGGAAGAGAUGAACAUCCCCAGACUGACUAGCUCCAUCUCAAUGGAUACGGCGCUAAAUGUUUGGCCGAGGAAACAAGAGGACGAUAAUGAAGUCAUAGAAAUGGACGAUUUGACGCCUCGGACCGAGGUUCUACCGGAAUUCGGAUAA